CUGUGCGCAUGCGCACAGGCCCACGUGCGGCCUCCACUCCCCUGGGUUCGUGGGCCGGUCCCGCCGGUCCCGCCGGUCCCGCCGGGCCAUGGGCUCGGGUCCGGUCGCGGGCUCGGUGCGGGCGCGCUACCUCGUGUUCUUCCAGUACGUGGGCACCGACUUCAACGGGAGCGCGGCUGUCAGGGGCGCCCAGCGCGCGGUCGGGGUGCAGAACUACCUGGAGGAGGCCGCCGAGAAGCUGAAGUCGGUCGUGCCAGUCAAGUUCAUCAUCUCCAGCCGCACGGACGCUGGGGUCCACGCCCUGAGCAACGCCGCGCACCUGGACGUGCAGCGCCGCGCGGGCCAGCCGCCCUUCACACCCGAGGUCCUGACCGAGGCCCUCAACACCCACCUGCGGCACCCCGCCAUCCGGGUCCUGCAGGCCUUCCGUGUGCCCACUGACUUCCAUGCCCGCCACGCUGCCACAUCCAGGACCUACCUGUACCGCCUGGUCACCGGCUGUGCCCGGUAUGACCAGCUGUCUGUGUUUGAGCGAAACCGGUGCUGGGCCCUGCGAGCAGACCGCUUGGACAUGGCUGCCAUGCAGGAGGCUGCCCAGCACCUCCUGGGGACACACGACUUCAGCGCUUUCCAGUCGGCCGGCAGCCCCUCCACCACCUCCGUGCGCACGCUGCGUCGAGCCACCGUGUCCCUGGGCCCAGCUGGUCCCCUUGUCCUUCCCCAGGAGAGCAGGAGGCUGCAGUUCUGGAGCUUGGAGUUUGAGAGCCAGUCCUUCCUGUACCGACAGGUGCGGAGGAUGACGGCCAUCUUGGUGGCCGUGGGGCUGGGGGCUGUGACCCCUGCUCAGGUGAAGACGAUUCUCCAGAGCCGGGACCCGCUGGGCAAGCACCAGACACGCGUGGCCCCAGCCCACGGCUUGUUCCUGAAGUCGGUGCGAUUCGGGGGCCUCAGAGACCUCGCAGCUGGGAGCCCACACUGUGCCCAGCAGGAGAGCCAGGGACCAGGGGGCCGGGAGGCUCCGGCUUGGCCAGAAGACCCCGGGCUGGAGACCAGUGGCCCGAAGGCAGGCAGCCUGGAGUGAGGUGCCAUGCCCCUUAGAGCCAGAGCCCCCUCAGCCCACGCCCGUCCCCAGUGGGAGAGGGGGGCUCCCAGCCUGACCUAGGAUCUGGCCACCAGUCCUGCCUCCCGCAGCCCCAGAGCUUCUGGCUCAUGGUUUGCAGGGUCCAUAGCACGGAAGCCACAGAUGGCCCCAGGUGCCGAGCCAAGGUCAGAGCACCCACGCUCACGGUCUGGCCACUGGAUCCUGCCUGGCUCUGCACACCGCAUGACCUACCUGGGGCCACAGCAGGCCUCCUGCUCCCCAAGCACCCAGCACCCAGCGUGCCCAUCUGCCCAGGUGGGCGGCCCUGGCGUAGGUGCAGGAGAUGGGUGUGAGCACCAAGGCGGGGAGACAAGCAC